UGCUGAUCGCCGGCAUAUAUGCUCGUCCUCGCUUUUCUCGCGACGCCCUCAGCCGCCACUCGCCCGCCUACGUGGGACGGGGAGGCACUCAUCGUCACGCACAACCGCACCGACUUCUGCGUCAAGCGCCCGACCGACGCGCCGGCGCUCGCCCUCGCGGCGUCCGCCUCGUGCGAACCCAACAAGGCCGCGGAGCUCCUGCUCCGCGAGGACGACCUCACCUGGGAGGGCGCGGCGCUGUUCGGUGCCUGGCCGGACGCCACCUUCCAUCAAAACUUCUCCUUUCCCACCAAGUUCUCCAAGCCCACCGGCGCCGCCUCAUGCACCGCCGGCCCGACGACCCUCAAGCACAUCGGCGCCGCGGCCGACGCCGAGUUCACCUCCUUUGACGAGCCUUCCCGCGCAACCAAGAUCAGCGGCCCCUCACCCGAGGAGAGCUUCACAAUCGCGGCCCAUUCAGAGAUCGAGGAGCUGCUCGUUCUUCACCCUUGUGCGGCCGUACUGGCGCUGCUCCUCGCGGCGUGCAGUGGGCUGCUGCUGCGUGGGCAGCAGGACGUAUGCGGCACACCAGCGGCACCGCCCCAGACCGUCAACGUCAGCAGCCCGUGCUCGCUCACCGACGGCGGCUCGUGCGCCGCUUCGCCAAACUACCCGAACAGCUACGGCAGCAACGAGAAGUGCACCAUUAGCGGCGUGCCGCCGGUCGAGCUGGAGAUGGUCGCCUUUGAUGUGGAGGGCAACAAUUGCCGCUACGACUAUCUUACCGUCAACGGCGUAAAGUACUGCGGCAAGUCGGGGCCGGAUGGCGCGGUGGCGGAGGGCGGCGUCAUCGAGUGGGAAUCGGAUGGCAUCCACGGGGCUGUUUCCAACAUCUCAAUUUUCCUGCCGCCCAGCGACGUCGAGAUCAUCGAGUCGACCGUGCGGGACUGCUCGGCUGACGAGGCCGGGGGCGGCGUCGUCUACGCGAAGAACAGCGGUGCGGUCUCGCUAAUCGACUCGACGUACGGCGGCGUCGUCUACGCGUAUCGGAACAGCGGUGCGGUCUCGAUAACCAGCUCGACCGUGUCGGGCUGCUCUGCUAAUAACGGCGGCGUCGUCUACGCGUAUAACAGCGGUGCGGUCUCGAUAAGUGGCUCCACCGUGACUGGCUGCUAUGCUUACUUCGACGGCGGCGUUGUCUGGGCAUUUCUUAUCAGUGCGGUCUCGAUAACCAGCUCGAACGUGUCGGGCUGCUCUGCUGGCAAUCACGGCGGCGUCGUCUACGCGUAUCGGAACAGCGGUGCGGUCUCGAUACUGGACUCCACCGUGAGCGGCUGCUCGGCUGGCCAGUGGGGCGGCGUCGUCUACGCGGAUAAGAGCGAGUCCCUCUCCAUCGCGGGUGUCGACUUCAUCAACAACGGAGCGGCUAGGUCAGGCUCGGUGCUGUACCUGUCAGUCCUCACUCAACGCUCUUCCAUCAGCGACGCCUCCUUCACCGGCAACGACGGUGUCACGAUCCAGACCGACUCGCCGAUAGACUGGGACUGCCGCUUGGGCAGCUGGAUGCCGACCGAGGGCGCCUUGAAGGGCGACGUCAACGCUCCCGAGUGCUACCUUUGCCCCGCUGGCUACUUUGGGAACACGAGCGGCCUCACCACUUCCUCUUGCAGCGGCCAGCGGGCCACCCGCAUCGAGUCCGCGGUCGGCCUGCAGCCCAAGUUCAAGGUCUUCGUCAGCUUCUACCAGGUGAGCAGCGCCCUCGGCCUCGUCUACGGCGUCCGCCUCCACGGGCGCUUUACGCGCUGGCUCGACGUGCUCAAGCUGUUCAGCCUGGACCUGUUUGACGUUGCCAUCCCCGGCCCCUGCAUCGGAGCCAUGAGCACGCGGCUGCUCGUCGCGGGCACCUGGCCGUACCUCGCCGUCGCCUUCGUGUCGCUCGCCAUUGUGGCGGUGGCGGCGGUCCUCAAUGUCAAGCAGAAGCAGGCUUUCGACCGCCAGCUGCUCGGCCGCCUCCUUUACUGGGCGAUCUUCAUCUUCUACCUCGCGCUGCCCUCCGUCUCGCGCUCCAUCUUCAGUGCGAGGCUGUGCGAGUCCUUUCGCUACGACGACGCGACAGGCCAGCGCAUCAGCUACCUGCUUGCCGACCUGGCGCUCACGUGCGAUGCCGGCCCGACGUGGGAAGACGAGACUGUGAGGGGACUCGCGCCGUACUUUUGGGCCUACUUCGCUCUCUGGCCCGUCCUCGUGCCGCUCGGCUUCCUGGCGCUGCUGCUCCGCGUCCGCAAGCCCGUGGCUGCGCAGCGCGCAACGCCGCUCUCUCGUGCGACGAGCUUCCUCUGGCGGGACUACUCUGCCCGCUUCCUCUUCUGGGAGGUGUUCGACCUGUUCCGCAAGAUCUUCCUCACCUCGAUGGUGCUCUUCAUCGACCACGAGUACGGCGCGAGGAAGUUGCUGCGCACCGUGGUCGCCGCCAUCGUCUCGGCCAUGUUUCUCACCAUUCUCGCGCUCGCCCGCCCCUACCGGCGCUUCGACGACCUCUGCCUCGCGUGCAUCGCCAACUUGCUGCUCACGUGCUGCUUCGCGUCGGGGGUGGUCAUCCAGCUCUGCGACAGCACCGUGCACGAAGACAUGUGCUACGAACUCGUUGGCUACAAGACCUCGCGCGGCGCCACCACCUUUGCCGUCGCCCUCACCGCAGUCAUGCUCGCCGUCUCGCUAGCCGUCAUCCUCAUAUCGGCGGUCAGCGCCGCGAGGGUGAAGACCAUGCGGCUCGUCUCGUCGAAGCGCGAGCCGAUGCGCGACGGCAUCACCCUCGCCGACGGCCAGGAGUGGCACCUCUUCCUCAGCCAUGUCUGGAGCACGGGCCAGAUCUUCCUCGACAUCGACGACCUCAAAAACAUCGGAGAGCUGGAGGCGUACAUUCGUCGCUCGCAGGUGGUGCUCUGCUUCCUGUCGCGGGGCUACCUGCGCUCGACGAACUGCCUGCGAGAGGUCCGCGCCGCGCUGGAGAUGGGCAAGCCGCUCGUGCUCGUCCACGAGGCAGACCCGGACAAGGGCGGAGGCACGCUCGCCGAGCUGCGAUCCGAGUGCCCCGAGGAGCUGCAGGCCGCCAUCUUUGACGCCGGCUGGCCGAUGGCGGUGUGGCAUCGGAUCGAGGCCUUCCAGCACGUCUCGCUCAAGGUCAUCGCCGAGGCGCUACUGCUGAAGACGCCAAAGUACGCGGGCGAGGACGAGCUGCCCCUGUGCAUCCCGGGCGAGAUCCGAGCCGACGGCCUCGCCUUCCCCAAGCCGGUGAUUCUCUGGGCCUCGACGUUGAACGCCGGGGCGCGAGAGCUCGCCAAUUCGGUCGCGGCGGCCGUGGCUGGCGGCAUCUCGAUCACCGACGCAGCGCCCUCGCGCCUAUCCGCGCUGCCUCGCUCCUCGCGCUCCUCGCGCCUCUCCUCGCUCCUCCCUUCGCUAUCUCGACGCGCGAGAAGAGAAGGCGGCGGCGAGGCGACGCACAUGCUGCUCUACCUGAACAGGUUGACGUGGGCCGGCGAUGGCGCCGAGGCGCUCGCAGAGCAGGUGCGCGCCGCGCGCCGCGCCAAGCUGCCGAUCGUAAUGGCGCACGAGAAUGACGCCGUCCGCAACGGCUGCAUCUUUGGGCACUUUUUCGAGGUAACGCCGCGCGACCUUAUUGCCAAUGGGCUGUACCACGACCUCGCCAUCGGCUGCCACGCGGGCCCGCACCGACAGGUGUCGCUCGCCCUGCUCGCAAAGGCGCUCGGCGCGACCAAGCAGACAGCCCAGUCGCGCGUGCAUCGCGUCACCGCCCUCGCUCUAACGAUCCGCGGCUCCUUGACAAAGACGAAGCCGUCGAAUGGCGACGACCUUGUGGAAGCGUCAGCGACGCAGGCCCGCCAGAUCGUCUGAGCGGAUACAUACCCCACUGUAAGUGCGCCAGCCCCGACUCCCGUGCUUGUGCCGCGAGUUUUUUGCAUUCUAAAUUCUUUUUUGUCAAUC